AUGAAAAAAAGGGAGAGUCCGUUCCUUUGCAUAGAUCAGCCUAUCUAUAGUUAGAAUAUCACAUCUCCUCGAUUUGAGGAGCUCCUACCAAUUUACUCUAAUGAUAAUGAGGCAGAGCAAACGAUUGACGAAGCACUGAAACAUAAGAGAAAAAUAUUUGAUAGCAUGAAUUUCCGAGCUUUGAAUGAUGGACAUAAAGGAGAAAGUUCAGAAGAUGAUGAUUACUUGAGCAGUGUUAGCGAUAACAGAUAUGAUCAAGAAUCUGCAAGAUCACGAACAAAUACCUUCAUUAGAAAUCAGAGAAUCGCUAAUAACCAAUACAAUAAUUAGGGUUCUAACAGAAAAGCACAUACUGGAUUAAUAAUUGAUUCUAGAUUCAACUAAUAAGUGUAAGGAGCAAAGUCAUGCUCCAGAAUAGAUAAAUACUAAAGUUUUGUGCAAUAAUUUGAAUUGGAAGAAGUUAAGUUAAGAAAGACGAAGGAGCCAUUGAAGUAAAAAAGUUAUCAAACCAAUGAGCUUUCAUCAAAGAGGAACAGUAGAAGAAAAGAAGGGAAAAUCGGGUUAAAUAAUAUCUGGGCUGUUAAAGGAUUUAUAAUAAUAAGAUUAGUAUCGAGAUUUAUUCAAUAGCUAAAAACUAAAACUGAGACCAUAAAAUUUAAACUUAUGACAAGAAAAAUAUUUUCUAUUAUAGGAGAUUUGUCUAGUAAUUUUGAAUAUAUCUUAAUUUCUCGGCAAAUUAAACAGAAGCCUAGUUUAUUUUUAAUAUUGAAAUAUAAUUUUCAAAAAAGAGCAACCAGACUCAUACAUUGCUUGGAAUAUGGAUUAGAAUUAUUAAGUAGAAUCAUAAUAGUCAUAAGACCUGAUAGCAAAUUUAAGAUUGUCUGGGAUAUUUUGUUAUUACUCUUCAUUGUGAUGAACAUAUUUUACAUUCCCAUAAACAUCAGUUUCAAUAUUUAAACUUAAGGAGUAUUUGAAUACUUAUUUGAUUUGUUACCAUCAUGGAUAUUUAUAGCGGAGAUAAUAAUUAAUUUUAAUACUGCUUAUUAUGAUAAGGGUUUGAUGCAUGAAGAUAGAAAGUCUAUAGUGAAACAUUAUUUGAAAGACAAUUUCUUUUGGGAUUUAGUGGUUGUAAUACCAUUCCUGAUGUCAAAUAUGAACAUACCUUUUGUUAGAUACACAUUAUUAUUUCGAUUGACGAGACUGACUCCUUUGAUGCAAAAUAUUGAAGAAAUAUUGAAUUUGGAAGAGAACAUCCAAAUUGUUGUUGAUCUUUUAAAGCUUAUCUUUUUUCUGGUUUUGACAGGUCACUUUUGUGGAUGUGCAUGGCAUUUUGUUGCAUUAACAGAAUAUGAAUCUUUUGGCAUAACUGACAAUUGGCUAACUCAUUAUGAUAGAUAGGCUUUUGAUUAUCAUUGGUUUGACAGAUAUAUCAUAUCUCUAUAUUGGAGUGUAAUCACAACAGUUACAGUGGGUUAUGGAGAUAUUGUACCAGUCACAACUUUUGAAAGGAUUUUUGUUAUCGUUGUAACAUUGCUACUUUGUGGAGUAUUUGGAUAUUGUAUUUCAAAUAUCGGCAAUAUUUUUAAAUAGAUGUCUGAUAAAAAGACUACUUAUAAGUUUAAAUUGCGUCAAAUUCAUUCACAUAUUAGAAAACGAGGUCUAAAUCUUAAUCUGUCAUUAAAAGUCAAGAAGUAUUUUGAAUACUUUUUCCAACUUGAACAAGAGGAAGAUAGUCAUGCAGAGAUAUUUAUCAAUCAAUUAACUAAACAUUUGAGAGAGGAGGUUUUGACAGAUUUAUAUAGUAAUACUCUUAAGAAGUCCAGAUUUCUGAGAGAAAAUUUUAAAGAACUUACAAUUAAUAAUCUAUGUUAAUUUGUGAAGGAGAAAAAAGUGUUACCGGAAGAGGUGUUGUAUUCUCGAUUUGAUCAACCAACUAAAAUUUGGUUUGUACUUUCAGGAGCCUUAGAAUUCGUAGCAGAUCAUAAGAAUGAAAAUGAAUAUUAUGAAGCCACAGAAACUUUUCUCAAUAAGGUCAAUUCUGGAGCAGUUUUAGGAGAGAGAGAGUUCAUAACAUAGCAGCCGUAUGAAUAUAAAGUAAGGGCUUUAAGAUUUACUUAAAUGGCUUAUAUUGAUUACGAGGACUUUAUUAAUGUUAUUAGUGAAAGUGAUUAAGAAUAUGAAAUAUUUUGUAUGAAGAGGGAUAGAUUGUUGUUUGAUCCCUAAUUUAAAGGUACUGGAAAUGUAUGUGAAGUUUGUGGAUGGACUCACAAUUUUAUCCAAUGUCCAUUUGUAUUUUUGUAACCCAACAUUAAUAAAAUAGCUAGUAGUUUCAAAACUGUCAGAUUGAAUAAUAGGCUUAAAUUUCCUUAUCGACAAUCGAUGAAAUCAAGAACUAGAGAGGCUCUCAAUAGUAUUUAAGAAGGAGCACUAAAAUUACUAGUUGAAAAUAUAACUGAAUAGUAAAUAAUUUAAGUUAUUAUAGAGAAUAUACAGACGAGUACUUGCAAAAAAAUUGAAUUAGAUUCAUCAGUUGCAGAUGAGAUUUCUAAAAAUCUGUAAGAUUCUCCAAUUAUCACAAACGGUGAAAUUUAAAAGGCAUUUUAAAAGAAAAGCACAAAAACGUUGACAGGAGGAAUGACAACUGAUUUGAAAGAUAUCACACCAACUCAUGAGCUAAAAAAAAGCCUCACGUUAUUCUAGAAAAAUUAAUUUGGAAAAGAAAAAUACAAAGCCUUCUAAGUAUUUAAGAAAGAAAUCUUAGAAAAAGAAACUGAAGCAUUAGAAUAAUAAUAAUCAUAAAUAUAUGGUGUUGCCAAUAAUCAAAUCCCUACUUCAUUUAACAAUAAAUUAUACCAUAAGGCACUCUAAAGUAGUCCUAGAAGAUCAUGUAAUUUUGAUGAACUCAACAAUUUUUUCUUGUCCUAAAAGUUUGGAAAUCUAACUUAUUAAUUAGAUUAAGAUAAAUAUUUAGUGAAACAGCUUAGCAGGACUAGUGAGUAGAGUGAUAUGAAAGAAUCAUUAAUCAAGAAAUAGAUUGAAAAUUAAGAGAGGAGAAUGUAAAUUGGAGGUGAGAGAAGAAGGAAGAAAAGAAAAACAACUUUAUAGUUAGGUCAGCAACUCUAGCGAAAAAUUAAUUAAUCUCAAUAAGUAAACUUAAGUCCAAGUCAAUAAUAAAAAUAAUAGCUGUUUGCAACACUUGAUUAGAAAUUAGGAAGAGUCAGCAUUCGAGAGUCUAAAAAAAUGGGGUAAGCAAAUCCUAUUCCGAGUAUUACUUAAAUUGACCCGGUAAGCUAAUCUGCCGAAUAUAUAUAAGAGAAUUAUUUGCAAUAGAAGAUUCUGGAUAUUGUUCAUCCAAAUCAAAAUAUUGAGAUUGAUUGUUGUAAAUCUACUCUUGUGUAUUUCCCUGAAUUUAAUAUAGAUGAAAUUCUUAAGAAAAUCACUUAUUAUUAUUCUUAUGUGAAGGGAGUUGAAAAAAAAAUGUAUAAAAGAAGUAAAUCGAAUCGUAACCCAUUUGAAAGAAUCAGGCCAUCUAAAAAUGUAUCUAUGAGAAGUUUUCAUAAUAAUUCUAGAUUAUAAUAGGACGAAGUAUGA